CUUCUUGCGGUGACUACUAUGCGGCGGACUUUAUUUAAGUGCCGACGCCGGCCGGCCCUUGGCAGUUCCGCUCACCCGUAGCUCGGUGGUGAAUUGGUGAUGACGUGUGUGGUUCCAGCUAGCGAGAGGUACUAGGCGCGUAUAUAUACACCAGUUGGUAUAGCUCAGUGUCAGUCGAGCGCGCAGCAGGAGCCGUAGCAGUCGUCCUCCGACCGACACCGUUGUCCGCCUCUCGUGUUAUUGCACCUCCGUGUGGAGAGAUGGAAGUGACGCCUUGCAGCCUGGAGGACAUGUUCGCCGUCCGCGAGUCGCAGUACACGUGCACGGUGGCGAGCCGGCGCGCGCCUUCCAGAGGCGCUAUCGCUGUACCGCGCCCGGCGCGCCACCCCUCGCGGCCUUCCUUCCUUUGCCGUCCGGCGCCGCCCUCCACGCCGUCGACGUCUUCGUCGUCAUUGUCGCCUUCUUCUUCUUCGCCGUCAUCCUCGUCGUCCAGCACGGCCAGCUUAGCGAUACGUAGACUGUGCAGAGCUCUGGUGGUGUCCGCGUGCGUGCUGAUCGUUGCCCGCCUGCCGGCCGCCAUGUCCGCCCCCACGGGCAGCGCGAGGCUGAGCGAGCUGAAGCAGUCCCCGGCGCGGUGGCUGACGCCGUGCGGCGACGCGCAGCCCGACCCCAGCCCCGGCGACCUGGCGGACCAAGGCGACGCCGCCGACGCCGGCGCCUCCGGCCCCCUGGGCCACCUGCAGCUGCAGGUCGGCAUCGCCUCCGACAACGCCGCCUCCUUCUUGAAGUCCUUCGUGAGUACCGAGAAGUCGAAGGAGGUCUUCCACGGUAAUUCCGACAUUGAAAGUGAAUUCAAGGACAAGAAAUACCCCUGGCUGCCUGAGCUGCCUAAUAUGGACGAGUGCCUGCCAUCCGAUCACUUCAAUGGCCUGGAGAAGGGGGAAGCUCUCCGCAGAGCAUUUACAAACAUCCAGAGAUUCGCAGUGGGCUUGGAGCAGAUCGUCUGGGACCGGAAGGACAAAGGCGAUGUGCUCGCAGAACAGUUCGCAAAAGCCGAGGAUGAGCUGCGGCUGGUAUUGUGCGAGCUGGUGACAGUUAUGCAGCAGCUGUCAGUGGAGCUGCCAGAGAGCGUGAGUCGUGACAUCAUGGAAGAUGCGGUGAGGCUGGAGACAGGUGAUGCCCGUGACUGGAUCAUCUACCGUGACUACGUGAACGCCCUCAAGUACACCAAUGCUGUCAUCAACUACUUCGCAAAUCCUAGCGCCUAUCCUGCCUGCGGAGGCUCUGCGUAGUUCCGUGUCUCCAAUGCUACCGGCUUUUCCCUACACUGGUGGCAUCACAGUUCCUAAAGCCCGGAACUCCAAUUUUGACACGUGUGGUCUAUGUAAAGUAGCCAUUAAAGAAACCUUAUUGCUGUUAUAAGUAAGGGACUGUACGCUAUUUGCAGUGGGCUACAAAAUUCUAUUGCUUAGUUAAUGGUUUUGUCCUCCCAGUGUGUGACUGGUCCCUUAAAUCCUGAAAUGGAAAAAAGUCAGUGACAAUGGAUGCAAUUCAUUUUUCUAGCUAAGUGUUUUUCACUGCUUGAACAGUUUUUUCAGUAUUUUACCAAAAGUUUGCUCUAAAUAACAAGCAUAAGAGGGUGGGUGGAUUCACCUUACACUGGAACUGACAUCCAACACCUACUGAAAAAAGUGAUAAGAACAUUAAAAAAAUCACUUUUAACUUGUAAACUUUACCCUCCCUUCCACAAGAUGAAUGGUAUAUGCUAAUUUAAACAGUGCAUAAUGAGAUCCAAUAGGUUUUGAUUGACAAAUACUGAUGCAGUAUAAAUGUCAUUUUAUCAUGGAAUUGGGCCUUACUUCUUUAUUCAACUAAGUUUUUUUGGGCACACAUCUUGAAAGCAGGAAGAAACUUAUUGCAGACACUGAUCCACAACCUUUGCUUUUUUUUUUUUUUUAAGGACAAAAGGGAUGAGUCACAAAACUCAUGUUGAAGUAUUCUUUCAUAAGAGAUGUUGUUUACAUAUGUUCUAACAGAAGAUAGGCUAUCCCUGUGGCAUUACUGAAAUUCCAGCACUAAUGAUUCAGUGGGCACUAAUGAAAUGCCUGUGAUCUUUCACAGGUGUAGCAUAAAGGACUUUGCUGGAAUUGUUGGAGUGCUGCAACAUAUUAGCUACAGUGAUAAUAUAGCCCUGACAGAUGUCUGCCUUCGUUCCUUAUAAAAGUAAAUCUAUGGUGUGCAGUCCCUGUAAAUCAUAUUUAUGUAUGACACUUGAUGUAUUUAUGUAUGUCCCUGUGACAGGUUAAAUAUUUACUUAAUUCCUCUUGUGAUUCUGAUAAAAAGUUGUGUAGCUGCCAGUAGGCAUAUUCUCAUGUGUGAGAGUCUCUGUGUGUUUGUAUCUGUGGUAUGGUUUUGUACAGUAUUAGACUUUCCUAGAAUGUAAGACUAAUUUAUGAAUAUUGUGAUGAGUUAUUUAUUUUGUUAAUUUAAAUUUGGUUAUUUUAAACUCUAGUUAUGUAAAAGAAUGUUAAAAAAGUCACAAUUCGUGCUAUUUUAAGCGAAGCCAUACUUAGCCGAAUAUAUUUAUAUUUUCGUAAUUUGUUUCUUUAUUUAUUUAUGCUUAGUGUCACUACUAUAAAAUGUAAAAAGGACUAUUUUAAUGAAAGCAAGAUUAAUUUUCCAAUUUGCUGUAUAAAUAGUUGUUGUAAAAUCGAGCUAUUAUAAUGUGUGCAAGACUGUCACCUAGCAACACUGUGCUAUUUUUACUUAACUGGUGUAAUGUUUCUCCAAAAGUGUUGACAGUUGUUAACUUACACAUUCGCUGGACACCUGGGAUUAUGACAUCUCUUUGUGAAAACUCUAAACUUACCUAUGUGAAUAGUCAUAUAUGAAAACUGCUUUAAAUGUAGAUAUUCAGUGACAUCAGGUGGUCCUUCGCUUUCUUUUUGGUAUCAGCUUGUGCCCGGUGGCAGUCUUGCUGGUGUCGCAUCUCAGUGCAUUGCAUUUAGGAAUGCAGCACUGGGAGGAAUGGUCUGUGCACAAUUAUACUCGGAAUAGCUAGUGUCCUUCAGCUGUCAUGUAGUUUUACAGUUCUUGUCCAGUACGGUGUAGGUUUAUGUCUUAGUUCGGGGAUUUUAAGCGGAACUGACAGCCUGGUAUGAGAAGUGAAAAAGAGAAUGGAUUCAAAGCACGUGCAAUUUAUUUGGUAGUUCAAGACAUAAAGAGACAAGUAAAAGGUCUAAGUAAAGGAGACUGAAUUUUUCCUGUCUUCUAGUAUCUUGAUUUAACUUGGGAACUGAUGUAUACUGUGUAAUUGUGGACUAAUAAUGUAUACUGAAUAACUAUGAACUAGUUAAGAAGGUCAUGUGGUAUUUCAAGAAGGUAAUUAUUUGGAUAUGAGGAACUGUUUUUCAGUCAAAAGCUUUUUCCAGUUGAUCUAUGUAAUGUUAUAGUUGGCAUAGAACAUUUUUUACUUGUUCCUAUAUUUAUUUUUAUGUCCGGUUGCAUAGAAUAGUUAGCUGAAAGCCUCAUAUUAGAGAUGGAAAUUUUUGUACAUUAGCCUGCAUUUUGUGGUUAUCAUUCAAGAAAUUUUAUGCCUCCUGUGCAUUCUGUGUAAAAAUACUGAACAGUGUAUAAUGACUGUUUGAAAACAUGGCUGUGAUAUGAAAAUAUAUUUAUUAUUUUUAAAGGAA